AUGCAACAACUUUUUGAUUGUCCAAUAUGUUUAUAAACAUUGUUACAACCUAUUACCUUAACAUGUGGUCAUACAUUUUGUAAACCAUGUGUUCGCAAUAAAUACUUUUAUCAGAAUUAUAAUUCUUGUCCUAUAUGCAGAGCAUCAAUUUAGAUAUACUUGAAUUAGUUUAAGGUUAAUAUUCUGUUAGAAACUCUAAUCAAAUAAGAAUUCCAUAGUGAAUAAAAUUAUUAGUUAAGAGUUUAAAAUUACUAAAAGCGUAUAGAUUUAAGAAAUAGAAGAAAAUGGUAUCACACUAUGAUGUUGAUAAUAUUUGAAUAUUCUAAACAAAUAUGGAAAAUAAUCUAAAAGAUGCUACCUCUGUAUAUUAUAGGUAUAGAUAUAUUUGAUAUUAGAAUAGUUCUUGUUAUUUUAAUGUAUUUGAGUGUAAAAUCUAAUUUAAGAUUUGAGAAAUUAUAAAAGUAGUUUUCAAAACGUGUAAAACUUGAAAAAUUGAGUGAAGAGAUGACAAAGUUGGUAUAAUUACUUAAAGUUGAUAAGCAAGAUGGCAAAGAUUUGGAUAUUGAAAAUUUAGUUUUCUCGAAAAUAGUAAAAUAUUUAUUUACAAAUUGUGUGAGAUUUUGA